AUGUUUGGAGAGGAACUGCUCAGUGCGGUGGAAGAGGCCAGGGCUAUCGUGGAAGGUGUGAAGGCCUGGGAGGUGACGGUGGAUGAAAGGAAACUGCUUACCCUGAUGGAUUUCAAACAGAAUUUGAAAGAAAAAACCAAAAACCAUAGUGUCUGGAUCAACGUAUGCCUGUCAGACAGAGCACUGCAAGAGUUCCUUGUGAAUACCGUUCUGUUUUGCAAGAAGUCAUCUCCAGAAAACACCAUCUAUAUCAAGGCUCUGUUGAGGUGCCUCCUGGAUCCUCAUGUCUAUUCUGUCAAGGACUUCCCCAGGUCUUCCUUCAUUAUGCAAUGGAUCUUCCAAACUGAGCACAUGCUUCCCGAAACUCCCAAUGUUUCUGAGCUUGAAGAUCUCACCCAGACACUGCUGCAAAUGAAGGACUACAUCCAGGAAGUCACCUACGCACCAGGAACUUCUGCAUCUGCCAUUCAUGAAGCAAAGAUAAAAGCCACCUUGACUGCGAGCCAAGCUGUUUAUUUCUUACUCCAGUUUCUCCAGGAAAGGGCACAGAAAGACCUAGAACUCUUGGUGCUCUUAAUUACGACCAGCACGGGAUACCAGGUGGAAAGGAGCACUUUUCAGUACCUCCUUGGAUAUCCAGAAAUUAGCUUCAUGAUAAAUGAAUUGCAAACCGGACAUAAGGAGUAUCUGAGCCUGAAGGACCAAGAUGUUUACAGAGCCCAGGCCUUCCUGCUGCUGAUGGGUCUAACCGUAACACCUGAACAUAAAGCCGUGUCCUUUCAGCAGAAGAAUGAGCGUUUAGUUUUCAUGAAAGAUCAAAUGAAAAACUUAUUGUCCUCAGAGAUAACAACUCUCCUCGAAAAGCACAGUGCAUUCAAAGACUGGGAGAUGCUGGAAAGCGACUUGCGGUCCUUUGUCAAUGGGUGCUUGGAUGAUACAUAUGACGAUCUGAAGAAACACAAUAUAAUCAAAGACAUGGAAGACACUUUUCAAAGAACAGAGCCUUCCAGUCAGUCCAAACCCAAAUCAGACGGCAGCGAACCCAAAGAAAAUCGAGCCAUUGCAAACCAAGAGUUCCUCCACUUACUUAAGCACCUUGGACUAGAAAGUCACUAUCCAAGAAAAAUGGGGACAGAAGAUUUCCAUGUCAUAUGCAAGACAUCUUUGUAUGACAGCCAGCCCAGCACGGACAAUGAACUGCCGUUUUACUUCUUGCAAAAGCUGUUAACCGUGGAUUAUCGGGUGAGGUACCUGACUCGCAAGGAUGAGACCAACCCAGGACUCACACCUGUGCCAAAAACCACAGAGCAAAAGCAGGAACCCUCGGACUCCUUUGAUGACUUUUUUACUGAUUUGGAGGAAGAAGCCCCUGAAUCUGCAACGGGGGAGAGUUGUAUGGACCUCCAGAUGAUAGAGUUCCCCCUCUGGUCCCUCAGCCAAAUCAAAAAGAGCUGGAAAGGGGCUGAGAAGUCGGGAAAGCAGGUCAGAAUCAGUAGUUACAAAAACAAACUCAUUUAUCAGGUAGAGACACCCAUCGUGUCCUUCAUACGGAUCGGCACUUCUCCCUCCUCUUCCAAGUCUCAGAUCCUGAAUGCUCUGCUCAGCAAACAAAAGCAUGACACUUUCUUCCACCGACAUUGCAAAGGCAGCACCAAAGAUUGUUUGCUGAUGAAAGGUGUUGUGGAGAUCUCCUGGUACUGUCCCCGGGGCAGUGACGAUGACAGCUUUGACUGCUGCAUUGCUUUCUGCAACCUGCACGGAGAUGCAAGGGAUCACGAAAAACAGCUACAGUUUUUACAGGAGAUAUCUGCUGUGAACGUGGCUCUCGUGUCCCAGUCUGAUCAGAGUGACAAGAAAGGGAUGAAAAUUUUACGGGACCUGUGGCAGUCACAAAGGCCUCUGGUUUGUCUUUUCACUGAGAAAGAGAAUGUUGCUGCUGGCCGAUCUCGCCAAAACAUAAAAAUAGGUAUCAAGAACAGAAAUGAAGCAGAACUAAUGAAUGAGCUGAAAAAAACAAUCAGGCAUCUCCUGGAAGGGUCUGACACACUUUUCAGCCUUGAUGGCUGCCUAGACAAAGCUCGCAAGCACGGAUUCUUAGUCGAUGAAGAUUCAGACGCAUGUGUGACUGCCAAAGAAGAGGCAAAGGCACUGGUGAAGCUUCUGAAGAAAGAGAAGUUGUGUGAGAUCAAAUCCCAGCUACUGCCUCUCCAAGGAAAACUGUGGUACACGUGGUGCCAAAAAGACAAAGAACUCACUCGCCUGCAGGAAAAGAGGAACAAGAGCAUAGAGCAUCAUCGGAGCCAAAUUGAAUCAGAGAAGUCAGCAAUAAGAAGAAAGCAACUAGACAAAGCGUUCCCCCUCAACAAACUGAUGAAAUCAGUCCUUGGCUUUCUCCAGUCACAGUCAACAGAUACCAAGAAAUACUUCCUGCAGUGGAUGAAGGUCUUUAUGGAUGACCUGUCCUCUGAUCGCCUUGACGAACUGAAGAGACAAUAUCACCAGUUAUGGUCUAAAAUUCUGGCAAUGAAAAAAAGCAAUGAAAAAUACAAUCUGAAAUCUCAGUUGCUGAAUAAUUUAGAUGCCCUCUCCAAUGAAAUCAAUGAUUCGUCCAUUGGCCUUGAGCAUAUUUUGAGAGAAGUAGGGCAGAUUUAUGAAGCUCUGCAAUCGACGAACUCAGAGGAUGAAUGUUUUGUCAAACUACCUGAAAUUGCAGCUGGUCUGAUGGUUUCAGGGUAUCCCAUCGAGCUGAUGGAUGGUGAUGCUUCUUACAUACCAUUACGAUGGGUUGGAGCAAUCUUUGACAGAUUAAUUGAGAAGCUGGGGGACAAACGAGUAUUUGUUCUUUCGGUGCUUGGCAUCCAGAGCACGGGGAAGUCAACCCUGUUGAAUGCCAUGUUUGGUCUUCAGUUUAACGUCAGUGCAGGGAGAUGCACCCAGGGAGCGUUUAUGCAGCUAAUUAAAGUGGAUGAGAAGCUGCAACAGGAUUUGGACUUUGAUUACGUGCUAGUUGUUGACACAAAGGGUCUUCGUGCCAUAGAGAUGGUCAAUAAACAGUCCCUUAACCACGACAACGAGCUGGCGACCUUUGUCAUUGGCAUCGGCAACAUGACCCUGAUCAAUAUCUUUGGAGAGAAUCCUUCAGAAAUGCAAGAUGAAUUCUGUGAUGUCUCCUGCUUCAGCGAUGUCAUACGCUUUGACGUAAACACCCAUAUACAUUACUUUGCUCAUCUGUGGGAAGGAAACCCCCCAAUGGCACCGCCCAAUCCCACCUACAGCCAGAACGUCCAGGAAUUAAAGAACAAAAUUCCCCAAGCUGCCAAGAAGGAGUCGCAGGGCAGAGUUUUGAAGCUCUCGAGUUUGAAAGUUCGUAUUAGGGACCUCUGGAACGCUUUGCUGAAUGAAAACUUCAUUUUCAGCUUCAAGAAUUCCGUGGAGAUUGCUGUGUACAAGAAACUGGAAACUGCCUUUAGUCAGUGGACCUGGCAGUUGAGGAGUCACAUCUUAGACUUGCAAAUGAGACUGGACAACAAAAUUCACAAUGGGAGCUUGCAGAAGGUCACUACAGAACACCUUGAAAAACUAGUGCAAGAGAAAAGUGAUGCCAUCACAAAGGACAUGGAAGAGUAUUUCAGUGAAGACAGAGACUGUGAGAUACUGGUCCAGUGGAAAGGUAGCACAGAAAUGAAACUGAAAGAACUAAAAGGGUCUCUUCUUCUUGAAACCAGAAAGAAGUGUGAGAAUCUUAUUGAACUAAAGAAGAACCACUGUAAACUGGAGGAAAGGAAAUCAGACUAUGAAAACGAGCUCCUGGAAAGGAGUAGGCAGUUGGCUCUGAGGCUAAAAGGCCAGAGACUAAGUGCAAGUGAACUGAGAAACAACUUUAUGUCUCUCUGGGCAGCCUGGAUUGCUGAAGUCUCCUCUGCUGCUCCCUCUCCGGAAGAGGUUGAUAUCGAUGUGGAAAUAGAAGAUGUCCUUCUAGAUCACUUUAAGGAACCUAACUUACUUACACAAAUACUGACAUUUCCCGAACAUGGACAAUUUUCUGUUGACUUGGAGAAACACAUCGCUAAGAAAAAACGUUGGGGCAUCUUUACUAUGAGUUCUGAUGAUGUUGAUGUGAGCAACAUACACCGCAUUACAGACAACAUCAUUGCACGUGUGAUGGCAAACAUUGACAAGAAGGAAAAGGAGAAAAGGGAUUACAGUCGAAGUUUGAUUCAUGAAAUACUAAAUGAAGUACAGGAAGGUGUGAACUCUGUCCCUAGCAGUGCAAAAUACAGUUUUAAUAGCGAUUACAGAAUAGAUCUAUCACUGUAUCUGUGCAGAAAGGCAGCAGAAAGGUUUAAAGCCAUGCAUGUAGCAUUCCAGAAAGCAAAUGAUCCAGUCAUCUACCUGGAGAGCAAGAAAGAAGAUUUCUUUAAAUGUUUCCAGAUUUCCUGCCAAGGAGCCACUUCUAUCACAACAUUUGCUGUUUUCCUGUGUGACAAGAUUGGCCCAGCUCUUUGCCAGGCGGUCUAUGAGAGGACAGCUCUUGCCCUAGCUCGAGAAAUGAAGGAGAAAAUCCCAAAUUUCAAUGGCAAUAGAUCCUUUCUGGAAGUUUGCAUACUGAGAUACCUGGCACGCGAAGAAGAUUUUGAGAAAUUCAAGGAGUACCUUAAUUGCCCAGGACAGUUUCUACAGAGUUACAUUAAGACCCAUGUCGAGAGGUACUGUUCAGGUAAGGACAGGAGGCUGGAGAAUUGUCUAGAUGAAUCCCUUACUCACUACUAUGAAAGCAUCUUGUCAGCUGUUUCUGCAUCAACCAAAGUCAUCCAAGACAGAAAAGACAGAAAUGACAAAAUCUCUCUUUGGCUGGAUGAAUUUUGCAGUGCACUUGAAGAGGUGCUAAGCUUGCCCCGAAGGGACCUGAAGGGCAUUGAGCAUCAGGAGAUACCAGACAUGGAGUUCCUGAAUAAUGCCAUGACAGAAGCACUGGCUCCCCUGAAAGCUGCAAAACAGAAGAGCAUCGCUGCUGCCAGCAGCCAUACGGCCAAGAUUAAGACCAAGUGCAGAUGA